UUCCUCAGUGUUGAGUGCCCAGGAUGUCUUCGAAGGCGCACAGCUCCAACAGCAUCGCCCACGCCCGGCGGACGGUGCAGCAGCUGAGGAUAGAGGCGAGCAUCGAGAGGAUAAAGGUCUCCAAGGCCUCUGCAGACCUCAUGAACUACUGCAGUGAGCAUGCCAGAAACGACCCCCUCCUCAUGGGCAUCCCCACCUCAGACAAUCCCUUCAAGGACAAAAAAACCUGCACUAUAUUGUAGUGGAUGCCACUUAGCAUGUAUGUGUUUUAUUGUGCUUAUUAAUGUCGCUGUACUCUUUUGUUGGGAUAAGUGCGGGGGGGAUGGUAUCAUUACGUUCACAUCUUCUCUGAGCAGGGUGUGAGCUCCACUAACAGGAAGACUUUGCUGCAUAAAUUAGCGUCCUCCUCAGUGAUGCGUUUGAUUCUUCUUAAUGUGUGUAAACAUGUCUCCUAUUCAUUCGACAGUGACUGUUUCUGUCUCUCUGAUUUGCCUUAAUGUAUUCAUACAGCCAAAGCUUCCCUUCAGAAUCUUAAAUACUUUUUAAUUCAAGGCGAGACACAAACAUUUCUCAUGCUCUUGUCAAUUUCUGAUAGUUUUUCUCUAUCAUGUAUCUUUUUAAAACAUUCAAAAUACACAUUAAGAUAAUUAUUUUACCCUUUUUGAGUAUGUGGAUUUCUCCUAAAUUCACCCAAAGUUAGCAUUUGAUUACGUCAUUAUUUUUGGCAUAUUUCUACAUACACUUUUUGUUUAAUGCAAAAUACAAUUGUCUUAUUGUAUGUGAAUAUUUGAGGAAGUCUCAUACUGAUAUAUAUUAGUUUUCUAGAUAUUACUGCCUGAAAAGCCUGCUAGCAUUCCAACACAUUGUAAGUGAUAGUCUAAUAGGCCAUCUCUAAGAGGUUGACCAAUCAUUCAUAGCCUGAUUUAUAUCAAUUGUUAUUCCUAAAAGCGUUGUUAAAAACAUUUUUUUAAUACAAAGAGAAAUCCAAAAUUCCCAGUAAAAAAAUCUUGAAUUUUGAAUGGCUGGCUUUAUCAAAGGCUAUUUGCAUAUUUCACAUAGAAUUUCGAAACAAUCCACCUGUAGUGUCUCGCCUUAAAUGAAUAAUAAUGGUUCAGACUUCCCAUCAGUGUUUUAGAGAUGAUGUGCAGUUUAGCCGUUAUUCAAAUGUUACCAUGAAGUAUCUUUGAUUAAUGACAGUGCUAGUAACACUCAGUAUUCUGCAUCGUGGCUCUGACUGGCCACGAUAAUCCACAUGCUGUUUAACCCCCCAUCUUCCUAACAGUUGCAGUAUGCACCAUGAUACAGUGUUGUCUUAAACUGAGUUAAUGACCAUUCUGAGAGAUUCAUUCCACAUCAACAUCUUCAAUCCAAGAACAUCUGCUCAGAUUCAAACCAUUGGGAUGAUAUGACUGUGUUGUCAGCUGCACAAUAUGGGGUGAAUGAAGCAACAAUGAAAAAGCUUGCGCACAUUCUUUUAUAAUUUUGUAAUGAAGACCCCUGAGAACCAAGCCAAACCAAUGGUACUGCAUUUAAAAAAACGAGUGGUGCAUUAAUGAGUACUAAAACCUUAGCAUGGUGAUGCGCAGUCAUACCAUAGCAACCCAGUCUCACGGCAUUUCGUGUUAUAGUCACGAAAUUAAUCUAGUGAUUCGUGUUCAACAACACGAUUUCCGCAUUUUUUUCGUGUCACACAGAACGAUUUUAAAAGCAAUGUAAAUAAUAACAAAUUGGAAGGAAAAAAAGAUUUU